GUAACUUGUCGGAUUUAAGCCCCACGUGCGUCGCCGCCCCACGUGCCAUCCCAGUGAAAGUCCGUCAGAUCUGUUCUGGCUUGUGUACUCCUUUCGUCGACGAAGCUUUAAAUUUUGUGUUAGCGAAGUAAACUAAAACUGUAUCCUCCUGGUGAGGUUCCGACUUAGCACGGACAAUAAUUUACCUCCAAAAAGACUACUGUUACUAUAAAAUCACGUUAUCACGAGUGGUGGAGCGGAACACUAACUGGCUGCCAGGAUGAUGCGUCGAGCCAGAAUCAGUGUGCGGCCAAAUGUGAGGCCUGUGGGUAGAGGACCAUCAUCUUCCAAAGAUGGUCAAAGUAUGCUUGCUUCAACAGUUAAUUCUCUGGCAGCUGGGGAAACCAGCCAGACCAUAGAGAUGGUGUCAAAUGUCACAGAUAAUGAACCUGCACCAGAAGAGUCUGUCAUAAAGUUCCCAGAAGCUUCAGAAUUCACCUCUAUCCAUGACACCCUGUCAGAAAAGGCUUUGUGUAAUUUGGGUGAGAAUGGUCAAACUUGUGAGGCCUCCGGUGACUGCAUCCCUGCAGACACUUCAUUAAAGAGGAAAGAAAGUGUAUCUGGUGUAUGUGACAUUGCACAACCCAGAGUGAUUCCCAAACACUUAUCAGCUAAAGCAUUGGAGUCCUCUGUUUCAAAAGCUGUCACAAUGGCAUCAUGUUCUGUGGCUCCAGUAUCUGUCCCUGAUGACCAAACAGUAACAGAGGAUGAAGGCCUUAAGUGUCAAGGACAACAGAAGCUCCCUGUUCGAGGAAAGCGGCCCAGGAAAGCAGAGAAUCUAGGACUUGCUUUCACUGGUGUGUGUGUCCCUUCACCGGAAGAUCUGGCUGUUUCUAUGAGGAAAGAAUCAGAGUCUCAGCCCUCAACAUCCGCUGUAGUCCAUGAAACAUCAAGCAUGUCCACAUAUCAGGAGAGGAUCAUAAAGUCACGCAUGUUAAAACAGCUAAUGAAAGAGGAACUGAGGAAGGGGAAGAAUAAGUACAAGCCACACCUGGAAUACAUAAACCCUCUGGAUCACAGCAAGAUGACCAUGAGAGAUCUCAUCUACUACCUGCCAGACAGCAAUCCAAUGAAGUCCUAUAUGACAGAUGAACAAGCAGGAAAGAGGAAUCCACGAUUACUCAGCAAUGAGACGAAAGAAAUACCACAGAAGGAGGCUGAAGUAGAGGAAGAUGAUUGUGAUGAGGAUUUAUCUCAGAAUGAUGAUGAGCUCGUAGUGCCCAAGGUGAAAGUUGCAGAAGAUGGUUCCUUGAUGCUUGAUGAGGACAGCUUGACUGUGAAAGUCUCAAGAACUACAGGCCCCACUAUAGUGGAAGAGAAUGACCCUCUUUUUGAGCGUGGUUCUACAACAACAUAUUCUAGCUUUCGGAAGAUCAGACACGUGAAGCCCUGGUCCAUUAAAGAAACUGACAUGUUCUUUCUGGCUAUCAGUAUGGUGGGUACAGAUUUUUCUAUAAUUACCCAGCUCUUCCCUCAUCGUCCCCGGAAGGAAAUCAAGAACAAAUUCAGAAAAGAAGAGAGGAUAAACGCUUGGAGAAUUGACAAAGCCUUCCGUGAAAAACGCCCAUACGAUCAACAGUUUUUCAGCAUGCUGUUGGGAAGAAUCUUGGCCACAGAAAAGAAAAAGAGAAAUGUCAAUACGAGAGACUCUAAAGCAAAAAAAGUGAACACCCAGGAGUCUAAACCAAAAAAAAAGAAAAAGAAGACUGAAAUGGAAGUGUCAGUCAGGGAAACUACACAGCAAGAUGAAAGUCAUAUUACUAUCGAGGAAGAGGAAUCAGACUGCAGAGUGACUGAAGGAAAUAUGGAGAUGACAGAAAAGGAGAACGAGGACUCUAUUAAUUUUUUGAAAGUUGGAAAGAAAACGCUCCCCAAAAAAAAAACGGGUAAGCGCAGAUACACUGAGGAGGUGGCAGACACCUCAGCAAAGCCAGUGCAUGGAAAAAAAAGGAAGAUGAAGACCUCAGUUGAGAUAAUAAACUGUGAUGAAGUUGGUGAUGUUCAAACAUCUAGUGAGGAACCUGAAAGCACAAUGGAACACACUGCACCAGGGGACAGAAGCAAUGGAGCCAUUAGCACGUUAUCCCCAUCUUCCAGACGCUGCUGCCAGAAUCCAACUGCCAAUAUAGACAAGAGAGUGAGAAAGAGAAUCCCUGGAUCUCCAGAGAACAGAGAGACUUGCAGCGCAGAAGAUGAAAGCAGAGUUAAUAGUGUCUGUGUGUCUACGGUUGAAGAUGAAGCAGCCAUUUUGAAUAGGGAAGAGGUUAAGAAGGCUGGCCAGAUAAUCACACCUGGGGACGAUUUUGUGGAGGAACCGGAGAAUGUGGAUUGCGAACUCAAUAGGUCUGGCUGUUUAAGUCAUGAAGAUCUAUUCAACUCAAGCCCUUCAAUCCAACACAGACCUAGAGAAGCAUGUACCCUGACUAGCAUUACUGCCAAAAAGAGUUGCCAGGAAAAAGAAUACAGUGCCAGUAGUUCUCCAGAUGGUGUUAAAAUGGACACAGUGCAUGAUGAAAGUGCCAUUAAAUACGUUCAGGAUGUCCGCCCAGAAAACAGUGAAAAAGACUCAAGUGGGCAGAAUUGGACACAGGAUGAAAUGUCAAGGGGUACAGAUAUUAUGGACCCUUCUCUGGAGCGGAGCAAUGAGAUUCCGAGUUUGGCACAAGUGGCACAAAUCCAACAAAGCAGUGAUGUAUCACCAACAAUAACAAAUGCUGCGGCCAAAGCUUCCUUGCCCACUGUGUUUGAGGGGAGAGAUGAUUUGGAAAAUUCAUUCACCAAUACUCAAAAAGAGAAACAAUUUGACAGUCAAAACCUGGGACAUGAGGAAGCAUGUACUAGAGAUUCUUCAAAUGGAAAGACAAUCACUAAAAAGGCCCAAACUGGUUCUUUGGGCAGGAGGAGAUGCCAACAACCUAAACCCAAUCUAAGCAGAGUCUCCAGGGGUCUAUCUGUCAUUUCAGCCAAGAGCAAUGAAGGAAUGAAGGAAGUGACGGAUGCCACUGAAGAACAUCUUCAUGAUGUGAAUGCUCCGAGAUCUGUAGAGAACAGUACUACAGAUUCUUCAGAUGGGAAGAUAAGUCCUAAAAAGGCCCAAAGUGCUCCUUUGGGCAGGAGAAGAUGCCAACAGCCCAAUCUAAGCAUGGUCUCCAGGGGUCUAUCUGUUAUUUCAGUCCAGAGGAAUGAGGAAAUGAAGGAAGUGAAGGAUUCAAUUGAAGAACAUCAUGAGGAUUCGAAAGCUCUCAGAUCUGUAGAGAACAGCAGGGCAUAUCACCCGUUGAGAAGUCCCUCCAUCAGAGAAAAAAUCCCUGAAGCUGUAAUGGAGAAGGACAUGCAACCAGUGCAAGCAAUAUCUAGCACUGUAACAGCAGAGGUUGUCACAGAUCUCCCUCCCAAAGGGGACUCUUGUGGCGUUUUUACCACAGUGGCAAUGGUUACAGAAGCUGUGAGUACAGAUGUUACUGAGCAGGAGCCCAUAUUUAUCCUUACACUGGUCCCAGUGAGUGAGGUACCUCUACCUCCAGAAAGUACUGAACAACAGUCUGAACUGCUGCUCCCUGCAUCACAGAGGUACUCAACGCUGGAAAGGGAUUUUGUCUCUGAUCAGGUCCUUAACACUUCCAGCUCAUCUAUUACACAGAAGGACACUAAGGAUCCCGAAGACCACUUUGACACAUAUUUAGAAGGUGCUGCAAGCAAAGAGGCACCAUCAAUCAAAUGCAAGAAGAGCUUUGCCGCAACAAACGAGAGAGGUGCAAAACAGAACUCAAAAAGAAAUCUGCCUGAGGCUACAAAGAAGGACCAAGCCACCCUUAGAGAGGAGCCAGAGCGGCUGGAUAUACUGCCAUCCUCACCCAAAACCGUCCAGCCUAUGAGUGUCAAGAGUACCACAGAAGAAUCAGUCACAGACGCCGCUGAGGUUGAGAUGUCACAGGACACCGUAUACCUGUUGGAUCUCUCAAUAAAGAAUAAACAUAAAGAAACUGCAGAAGACCAGUCUAGUCCAACUUUCAGAAGUGAAGAGGAAGUACUUAAGUCAACUCCCCUGAUCGCACCAUUGUUUUUGAAGGACUUAAAGUUGCAGAAAAAUGAUGACGACACCAAAACAGAGAGAAAAAUGUCUUUAGAUCCCUCUAUUGCCAGUCAUUCGUCUGCCUCUGAUAUCAACGCUACAUAUUCUCCUAGUAGUCCCACUAAGGUAUAUUCCAAUAUUUCACAACCUGCUCAAUGUGAAUUCCUCUGCACCAGUGUGAAAGAGAUCGAUGAAGAGCCCACAAAUGUCUCUGAAUACUUCUUCAGUGACAUCUUUAAAGAGGUGAAGGAGUCUGAGUCUGACUGAAGCCUCAUUAGGAAAUGCUCUGUCUAUUUACUAAACCCUGUCAAGAAGUCUGCUACUCCACAUGACCUCACGGAGGAGUGUGGUUUUGCUCCCACAUUCUUUAAAUUGUUAUUUUUUAUGUCAAUGCCUUGUUUUGUACUGGUUUCUAUUAAGUGGGUACUCUAAAGUUAUUUUUGUUUUCUACUGAAAGGUUAGGUAUGUACUACUGGAGGAUUUGGUAGCAUAUGAAAAGACUUCAGGUGGAGAUUUUGAAUGUAAUGGCAAUAAAUGGAAAAAUGAAUGCGUUAAA